CCCGUUAGCUGUGCGCCUGUAAGGAGAAUCUCAAUCAGGUCACAUUUCGGUGUAGAUCCUCCAUCUAUCUCUCCCCGAGAGGAAGGGAAGUCGGCGAGCGACAAGAAACAAUCGCGUCCUCCCUACAGCGGGAACGGUCGGGAGAGCCAUGGUCGGGAUGAGGGAUCUGGGGCGCCUUCUGGUCCCAGUCUUGGUGCUGGUGGGGUCCUCGGCGCAAGGAGACGUGAAGAGUGGCAAAGAAGCAGAGAAUGCGGCGAAUUUCAUGGAAGAUGAGCAAUGGCUGUCCACCAUUUCUCAGUACAGCCGCAAGAUCAAACACUGGAAUCGCUUCAGAGAUGAAGUGGAGGAUGAUUAUAUCCGAACCUGGGAUGAAAACCAAGGAUCAGAUGAGACUGUGGACACCACCAAGGACCCGUGCCAGAAGGUGAAGUGCAGCCGGCACAAAGUCUGCAUAGCCCAGGGCUACCAGCGGGCCAUGUGCAUCAACCGCAAGAAGCUGGAGCAGAGAAUCAAACAGCCUGCAGUAAAGCUGCAAGACAACAGCUGCAAGCCCUGUCCAGUGUCUGCGUCUACUCCAGUGUGUGGAUCCGACGGGCACAACUACGCUUCUCAGUGUAAACUGGAGCAGCAGGGCUGUCUGACUGGGAAAGAGCUGACUGUGAAAUGCACUGGACAAUGUCCGUGUGCCACAGACACCUCCCUGACAUCCGACUCCGAAAGCAAACAGGAGAGCUGCACUGGGCAGGACCUGGCUGACCUGGGCGAUCGCCUCAGGGACUGGUUCCAGUUGCUUCAUGGAAACGCCAAGCAGAACAGCUCAGGGAGGCCAGGAGCCAGCACGGCCUCAGUUCUGGAUAAGAGCCUUGUGGCCAGCUGUAAGGAUUCCAUCGGCUGGAUGUUUUCGAGACUUGACACCAACAGCGACCUCUACUUGGACCAGUCCGAACUGGCGGCCAUUAACCUGGACAAGUACGAGAUCUGCAUCCGGCCCUUUUUCAACUCCUGCGACACGUACAAAGAUGGGCAGGUUUCCACCGCGGAGUGGUGUUUCUGCUUCUGGAGGGAAAAGCCUCCUUGCCUUGCUGAACUCGAGAGGAUUCAAGUGCAAGAGGUGGCCAAAAAAAAGCCAGGGAUGUACAUUCCCAGCUGCGAUGAAGACGGCUACUACAGGAAGCUGCAGUGCGACCAGAGCCGGGGGGAGUGCUGGUGUGUGGACCAACAUGGAGGGGAGCUGGUGGGAUCCCGAGUCCAUGGGAACCCAGACUGCGAUGAGCUGGUGGGAUAUUCGGGAGAUUUUGGCAGUGGGGUAGGAUGGGAGGAUGAAGAGGAGAAGGAGGCGGAAGAGAAUGCCGAAGAGGCAGAGGAAGAGGAGGGGGAGGCAGGAGAGGUCGACGAUGGGGGUUACAUCUGGUAGAAAAGUCCAGUUCGCUCGGCUGUAGUGUUCUGGCCAGGCUGGGACGCAGCUCUCACUCUGACAGAAAGGAUCCUGGGAACUAAAGGGCAGAAACUAAACCACAUUCAGCACAGCAUUGACUCUGGGGAUGAUCAGGCUUUGUCUUAAAUAUGUGUGAAGCUUCAUUCUUUGUGUGUGUUUGCAAGAGAGAUUUCUGUUUAGCAGUACUUAGCAUCUGAAGCCACAGCCACGCUCACCUGGGUAUGACCUUUGGUAUGCUGCAGAACAGCGCUCACGCUAGGAACCUAGAGAAUCCCUGUGCCAUACGCUUCAGCACAUCACCGGUACAGAGCUCAGGGGAAAGAGUAUGUACCACAGAGCAAAGAAAACUGUCAUUCAGCUUAGCAGAAUAGCUAACAUCAUAUGCCAUUAGCUGUUGAAGGAUUGUUGUCAAAAUAUCUAAUAAACAAGCUAUAUCAAUUCCCACAAUACAACAUACCCUUUUUACAUACCAGUUCUAUUAUUGAAUGCUUUUCCUUCCCAAAGUUUUUUUUUUAUUCAUUAAAGUAGCACAUUCCUCUUCCCUUGUACCUGAAGACAUGGCCAUCCAGGAUAAAUGUGAUCCUGUUGUUUACAGAUUAAUAUGUAUUGCAUACAACAACACCUUUGUGACUGCAACAUCCACAAAUGCAAAAAUAAAAGCAGGCAGUGUGUAGGCCCACUCUGGCCGCCUGACUCCUUCUAAAGAUAUUGUCUCUGCUUUUGGAUGGGCUUGGAGAAAUCUGGGAGUUUCAGUUAUUUGUUUGCUUGUCACAGACCUAUGAGCCCCACAGGGAUCACAGAGUUGCCUCAGCUGAAGCAGCUGCUUGUUCAUAUCAAGAUACACACUGCCUUCCACAGAGAGAGCCAGCUAAAUAGGCACAAUGGAAAUGAGAGCUCUGUGGCACUUGGUCUCUGAGUGGCCUUCAUUAGGGUGGUGACGUUAGAGAAGUAGGUGUCUGUCACAGCACUGUCAUGUCAGUAAUGGAUACAAGCUCACAAUGAGCAGCUUCAAUGUUGGCAUUUAUACCUGGACGAUUUGAAACUGUCUCCCACUGAUCAGCUGUGUCUCAGGUCUUAGGAAAACCGAAAAUACUGAGAAAAUCUCUGCUUCAUGCAUUCCAGAAACUGGCAUGCCAUUUCCUGUAGUCUUAUUGUAUUUUUGAGGAACUUAGCUUAGCUCUUGAAUCAUGGCAUGAUGGAAGUGCUGAAUAGAGUUGGAAAAUAAUACAGAAAUUAUUUGUUGCCUUUAGCUCCAUUUAUAAUGACAUAAUUGUAUAGUUCGAGAUUGAUGGUAAUCAAUUUGAUACUGCACCAAAAGGCUAUUUUUUCCAUUUUCACAUUCCAAAGAUAAUGGAGUCCCAUAAUGCCUUGAAUUAAUUAUGUGACAACUUGUUACCUAUUGAAUUGUUUUUUUUUCUCAUGUGUGAAAGUCCUUGUGAGACUGAGAAUGUGUCCAGCCAGACAGGACUGCGCUGGUCAUGAAUAAUAUGCUUUACAUGCAGUUUAAACACUUGACAAUUUCUAUAGCUUUUACACUAAACUUGCAGAAAUCAUGCGAUCAGAGUGUAUGAGUUGAUCAUUGCCAAGACUAAGAAAAAAAAGGGUGAAUGUGAAUUUUCAGUUCUAUAACCCACAUCUUUAGGAGAAAUAUCGAAGACAAAAGCAUUGUGGUAGACAUUUUUUAAAAUCUCUUUCGCUUCCCACAUAGUAGUAUUAUGGCGUGUCAUGUGAUGAAUGGCACAUUGUGAUCAUGGUGACAAGCGGAUCACACAGAUGAGCUCGUACAAACGUCACUUCUGGAAACACACCACUUAUCUUAACUGAACUUUAACCAUCCUAACUGGAGUGUUACUUAGAUCAGACUUUAUUUUAGAAUUUAGGAUGGGUAAACUCGACAAAUGGUAAAUCUGCACCUGUAGAUUGUAGAACACAGUAGCUGUGUUUCAUGAAGAGUGACUUAAUUGAAACAAUUGAAACCCUCUGUUCCAUGCCUCAAGCCUUGUUCGGUAAUCAAUGCAGUACUGUAGCAUUUUACAAAGCAUUGAGGCAGCAGUUGGAAACUGAAGCUCUUUUUCCAUCAUCAAAAUGUAACAAGUAUCCUGCAUGUAACUAUUAUUUUUCACGUAAAUCUGCCAUCAUUGCAAAAUCAAUACCAAAUUAAUUUACCAUAGUUAUUUAUAUAUAAACUAGGCUAUAUAUACCCAUCACAUUUAUACGUUUUUAAAGAAGACAUUUUACUUAGUAUUUGAAUUUAAAAUAAGACCAAAGUAUGUGUGUGUGUGCACAGGCUGUGCGAUUAAUGUCUCACUAAAAUUAUUCUGCAUUUGGAUUAACAGAUGCUUCAUGCUACCACAGCAAAUGUUUCAGACAGCUGACAAAUUGGCAAAGGUGUGGUAUCUAUAAAAAAUUUUUGAGUUUGCCACAAAAUAAUGCAUGCCAGAUAAGCUUGUAUCUGCAUAUAUAUAUAUAACUUGGGCUGUCUCCUGUGUGCUGUGAACACAAUGGCAUUACAUUUUCUGCUCUAAUCACCAUUUGUCUAGUUUAACUCAAGCCUCAUUUUAUGGAAGGAUCCCCUAUUUAGUAAGAACAGAGAACGAGCCUUUACAAAAUUAAAGAAAUAGUUCAACAACUGAGAUGGUGUUUAAAGACUCAUCCCUCUAUUAAAUGAAGCGCUGGAUAGCUAUGUCAACAGAAGAGGAAGGGAUUGACAACUUUCAUGUUUGCUUUCCACUUACACUUGCUCCUCAUGUGCUCUGCGUGCCCUGGCUGCGGAUGGCAGGCCCCAGCAGGAUUAUCUUCACUCCUGGGUCUUUUCCUUUUCUCUCCCGCUUCUCAGUACAGUCCACAUGCAGUACAGCGCCUGCCCCCUGCCCCGGCUCCAAGUCUAUUUAAAGCGAGGAGACGUUCAUGAAGCUCCUAAUAAAUGAAACCGCUUCAAAAAAAGGAAGACGCGCAGGAUUCACUGCAAUUGUGAUCUGUGCGUUUUCAACGCUUUUGUAACGCAGCACCUCUGAAACCCACAGGCGGUUCCCUUUGACACGACCGAAAAGUUGCUAAUGUUUCCAUUGACUAUCAUACCUAUUGCGUCUGAAAGCAGCUUUUUAAACUGAGACAAUGAUGCCUCCAGAAGGCCUCUACUGGCCAUUUCAGCAGCUCUUGCCGAAGGACGUGACAAGGCCGAUGAAGAGUCUAGCCUGGGAUGCUGUGCUGUGCGUGGAGAGGAGAUGGACAACGGGGUAUUUGAGACGCCGAGUUGGUGAGCGAGGCACUGCAGCGCCAAAAUGUUAAUACGUACUGCAGAACGGGGGGGGAAAAAGUCUUACGAUGUCUAAAUCCAGAAAUCACUAAGCGUAUCAAGAGCCGGAAUGCUUUAAUUAAAGCAGACAGAUGUGUGCGUCGGGUGUCACAAGAUUUCCCCAUUGAUGGCAAACGGUGGAUAUGAGCAGAUUGCAACUUUGCUCAUAAGCCAAACAGCUCGAGUAAAAAAAAAAGGAUGCCAGAGACUAACAGAUAUCAUUCAUUGUAGUAAGAGGAAAAUAAGAUGCAAUGUAGUUCUGUAGUGCUUAAAAUGAAAAUAGACAUAGCCACGUUGCUUAUGUGAUGACACAAGACAGUGCGAACCAGACAUAGUCACCCGGUUUGUAAAAAGCAGGGUUAUUUAGUAUGAUUUUGUGCUACUUCUGAGAUGAUAAUGUACACAUACAUAUGUACAUACAGCAACUAUAAAAUAUUAUUAGAACACUUUUUUAAUUAGUACUUUUUGAUUUGCUUACAUUUCUUGCCAGUAUACUGUAAUUGUGCUUCACUGAUGGAGUGUUUCUCUCAAGAGCCUGUGGAUGCUAGCAGACUCUGCUGUUCAAUUUAAUGAAGCGAGUCACACUGUUAGUGAGAUACUAAUCUAGAUUAACAGCCACUGGAUUACAGGAGUUGCUUUUUUUCCAUUCUAUUUAUUUGCAGCAGAACACAACAAAAGCCACUAAAUGCACCCUUUUAUAAUGUGAGUUUUCAAAUGAGAGGUCCUGAAAUACUGCAAAUACUACACUUUAAAGAAUGUGCCACUUGAAGCUCUAUUCUGAUUAUGCUACUUGAAUUUUAAUUAAAAUUGUAUGUUACUUGAAGUUUUGUGUAUACUUGAAUAUUCACUAUUAGCAUAUUUUUUCCAUGAGUAAACUGUAACUUGUUUAUGCCUGCCAUUAAAUUAAGGUAUAUACAUUAGAUUGUUUCUAGUAAUGCAUGUUAGUAAAAAGUAAAGUAUGUAAUUUUCAAUGGCUGAGCACUUUAAUAUUAAAGGCGGUGGGCCUCAGACUCCUUGUAUUUCUAAGUUAUUUUAAAUAUAUGACAAUAUGUGGAUUUCAAAGGCAACAAGACUUUGAAGAACAGGUAUUUCUAAAUGAAAUAGUUUUGUUGUGGAAUUGUUCGUAUAUGUUACUAUAUACAGUAUGUGGCUUUAAGUCAUUCAGUGCAUUUACUUUUUAUACAUACUAUAUUAAAUGACUAGUCUUUUGAAUUGGCUAAUCAGAACAGCCUAUGUUUGGUAAUUUAAACACAUCUGCUUUCCAAAGCAAUAUUCCCCCAUCAAAUUGCCCACAUGAGUAUCUGACUGCACCACUUCAAAAUUCUUACAUGAUCUUUAUGCUAACAGAGACCUGUUUUAAUGCAAAACGGGAUGAACGUGAGAAGCCUAUAGAUGACAACAACAUAAGCCAUUUCUUUUUUCGAAGGAAUUGAAUUUUUAUUGAAUAAAUUUACUUGAAAGACAACUGCAUGUUUAGAAAACCUAUGGUUUGUUACUCUGUUUCCUGCAAGGCUAGUAUGUAAAAACAAUUCUAAAGCAGAAUUAAGGUAACCGGAAAACCCACAAUUCAUUUCUUAAAGCCUGUUGCCCAAAAAAGAGUGAUAUCUUACACUAGCCCUCCACACAAAACCACACGGAGAUUUUUAACUGAUGUUUGGGAAGGUUGACGACAGCCAAGACACUUUUCAGCCAAUUCCUUGAUGUUCUAAAUCACAUUCAUUCCAGAUAUCAUUCCUCACAAGUUAUAGAUGUCACGAACAAAUCCCUUUUCUCAUUUUGUCUCCACCUCUCCUGCUUCCCGUCGGUCAGGCCUCUCUCUGUAGGGGUUCCCUAACUGGUUCUGGCCCUCAGAUAAGCCCUCAAACCAACUCUUACCUCACCUUAUUACUCAAUAAACAUCCUCAAUGCACAUCUAAUUCUUGUGUGUCGUUAUUUCUCAUGAAAUAUAUUUAAUCAGGUAGAAUCGAUUACUUCAAUUAAUUUAUCUAUACAUACAAUAUAUGACAUCUGGGGAUAAACCAAUGCCUCAGAUGUGACAAAGAAAAAUUGGUUGAAAGAAAAUUGCAUAUAGUCUUGUUUUGCUGUGAGGAGAGGAGUUGUAAAUCACACAAGACAAUUAAGGCAACCUUAGUGAUCAUUCUGCCACCACCAUUCGAGAAUAACAAACUGGAAUAGGCCAAGAGACACCUAUUCUAUAUCAGGCAAGGGUGCAAAAACAAAAUUACACAACAGUUACACAAGCAAUGUACUGUACUGCCUUGUUCAUGUGCAAACAUGUUUUUCUGGUUCAAUAGUCUAGAUCUGCUUUAAAAAAAUGUUCAUUUCUACUAUCAAUACUACGCAUAGAAUGUAAAAUAAGUGCUGUGUGCUCAUGUUAUUGUUACCUAGGCUUAAUACAGUAUAUUAAACAUAAUAUUUACACUGUGUUUGAUAAUAAAAUAGAACUCUAACCUUU